UGUUGGUUUCGUGCGCAAAGACAGGCACGAUGAUCGUAGGGUGGGGGAUGGGUGAAUGUGUUGCAAGCCUUUUGGCGAUUGGUCAAAACAGGGAUUCGAACUAACAAAACACAAUCUGAUUGGCUGUCUGGACUCCCACGAGGGGUCGCAUGCAAAAGAUUUGCCAAAGGGUUUAUUGUUUCUUUGCUUUCGGGAGCCAGAAUUGUUUGCUAUCUGCUCAGUCUACAAUCAAAUAACGAGACGGAAAAAUGGCUGGUGGCAAGGCAGGAAAAGACAGUGGCAAAGCCAAGGCAAAAGCAGUGUCUCGCUCCCAGAGGGCUGGGCUGCAGUUCCCAGUGGGUCGUAUCCACAGGCACUUGAAGACUCGCACAACCAGCCACGGUCGAGUAGGAGCCACAGCAGCUGUGUACAGUGCAGCUAUCCUUGAGUACCUCACCGCUGAAGUACUAGAGUUGGCGGGCAAUGCCUCCAAAGACUUGAAGGUGAAGCGUAUCACUCCCCGUCACUUGCAACUGGCCAUCCGUGGGGAUGAGGAGUUGGACUCCCUUAUCAAGGCAACAAUUGCUGGAGGAGGUGUCAUUCCCCAUAUCCACAAAUCCCUCAUUGGGAAGAAGGGCCAGCAGAAGACUGCAUAAAUGUCAUGUUAACCAGAAAUUUCGGGGCUUGGGCUUUGAACGGACCAGGAGUUCACAUUUGUUCUUUUUUACAAUUAAUAUUAUAGCAAACGAAGAGUGAUUGUUAGAAUUUGUGUUGUAAUAUUUUCCCAUAACUAGAAAAAGUACAGAAAACCCCUUAAUGACAAAACCCUUUGUAUGUUAUUGUAGAACGUUUGACUGGGGAGAUCAUUAUUUCAAAUGGUGACAGUGAAUUUGUUUGAUUGGCCUGGGACUAUGUAAUGUUUUAUACUGAAAAAAUAAGUUGUUAAAACCGUUUUUAUAUAAAAAA